AUGGCUGCAUCAGAAAGGUGUCCAACAAAUACAGAACUACAAAAUCUAACAGGUGUCUCAGAAUUAUAUCUCCUGGAACACUCAGAGGAUCCAGAACGGCAGCCCAUCCUCUUUGGACUGUUCUUGUCCAUGUACCUGGUCACAGUGCUUGGGAACCUGCUCAUCCUCCUGGCUGUCAGCUCUGACUCCCACCUCCACACCCCCAUGUACUUCUUCCUCGCCAACCUGUCCUUGAUUGACAUUUGUUUCUCUUCUACCAUAGUCCCAAAGAUGAUCGUGGACAUCCUAACUCAGAGCAGAGUCAUCUCCUAUGUGGGCUGCCUGACACAGAUGUCUCAUUUUAUCAUUUUUGCAUGUGUGGAUGAUUUUCUUCUGACUGUGAUGGCCUAUGACUGGUUUGUAACCAUCUGUCACCCCCUGCAUUACCCAGUUAUUAUGAGCCCUCGCCGCUGUGGCUUCUUAGUUUUGGUCAGCUUUUUGGUUAAGCUUUUUGAUUCCCAGUUGCACAAUUUGAUCGUCUUACAAUUCACAUACUUCAAGGAUUCAAAACUUUCUAAUUUCUUUUGUGACCCUUCUCAGCUCCUUAAUCUUACCUGUUCUGAUUCUUUCUCUUAUAACAUUGUCAAGUACACUAUUGGUGCCUUUUAUGGUUUAUUCCCCAUCUCAGGAAUUCUUUUUUCUUACUAUAAAAUUGUUUUCUCCAUCCUGGGAAUCCAGUCAUCAGGUGGGAAGUACAAAGCCUUCUCCACUUGUGGGUCUCUCCUGGCAGUUGUUUGUCUAUUUUAUGGAACAGCCUUUGGAGUAUACCUGGGAUCAGCGGUAUCUCAUUCUCCCAGAAAGGGUGUGUUGGCCUCAGUGAUGUACACUGUGGUCACCCCCAUGCUGAACCCCUUCAUCUACAGCCUCAGGAACAGGGACAUUAAGAGUGCCCUGAGGAGGAUGCACAGAGGACAGCCUAAUUUCAGCCCCAGGGAGUCUGGUUGCAAAAGCGAGUUGGAAAAUUCACAAAUGCUAAACAUCUUUUCCUGUAACCUAUGUGGUAACUGUUUUUGCAGUUCCAUGAUUGGAUUUUUCACAAUAUCUCAUGGUGAAUAA